GAAUGUGAAGACUGCAUUACGUCAGUUAUCCUGCCAGCGGCAAGAAAGCAGCAGUCUCGUCCAGAAGGAGUGUGUGGUUCCUUUUUUCCUUUUUUCCUGCGGAGAAUUAAAGGGAUUUGUGCUUCUUUUCCUGAGGUAUUCAGAGUUGAGAAUCCUGGUUGAACGACGGGGAGGAAUGAGACUCUGAAGCGGCGCAUCACAGCUCCCCUGCUCCAGUAUGAAAAGUUUGUAAAAGGAUUUGAAUAACCACGACACUCAGAAAGUAGAUGGAGGAACCAGGAGGUACAGUUACUUUUUACUGUGCGGGAUGUGGAGGUGAAAUCCAGGACUCGUUUCACACGAAAGUCCUUCAGGACACCUGGCACAACGCCUGCUUUCAGUGCUCCGUGUGCUGUGACCACCUGACUAACUGGUACUAUGAGAAGGAGGGCAAGCUGUACUGUCGCAAACACUACUGGGAGCAGUUUGGAGAGCUCUGUCAUGGCUGCUCUCUGCUCAUGACUGGACCUGCCAUGGUGGCCGGAGAACACAAGUACCACCCAGAGUGCUUUGUGUGUCUGAGCUGCAAGGUGGUGAUUGAGGACAGGGAUACCUACGCUUUAGUCGAACGAUCCAAACUCUACUGUGGGAAGUGCUACAAGCAGGUGGUUCUUACACCCAUGUUGGAAAAGCGCUCCCACGACUCAAUCCUUGACUCCCUGCCCCACACGGUGACCCUCAUCUCGAUGCCCUCUGCAGCCAACGGCAAGAGGGGCUUCUCUGUCACAGUGUUGAGGGACGUCAAUGGAUCGGCGACUGUUCAAGUCAAAGAAGUCAGAGGGAUGCUUAUUAGUCCAGAGGUGCGAAAUGCCAUCCAUGUUGGGGACAGGAUUCUGGAGAUUAACGGCCUUCCUGUUGGGACACUGAUGCAGGAGGAGGUGGAUGAUCUUAUUCACUGCACCAGUCACACGCUGCAGCUGCUCAUAGAGUAUGACCCAGUCAGGCAGCGUUUAGACCGGCUCAGGCUGGGAUCACCGAGAACUCAUCUGGGAGUCCCGGCCACGUCACGCAUGCGUCUGUCGUCACCUUCUGAUGCGGUACUGGAGAGAACCGAUGUGGUUGAUGAAGGCACACUGAAAAGGAGGUCUUUGAGGCGCAGUAACAGCAUAUGUAAGUCACCUGGGCCAAAUUCUCCUAAAGAGACGGUUUUCAUUACAAGAGACAUUGGGCGCUCUGAGUCCUUGAGAUCCUCCAGUAGCUGCUCUCAUCGCAUCUUCCGGCCAUGUGACCUCAUCCACGGAGAAAUCUUAGGAAAAGGCUUCUUUGGACAGGCCAUCAAGGUGACUCAUAAAGCCACAGGAGAGGUGAUGGUGAUGAAGGAGCUGAUCCGUUGUGAUGAGGAGACCCAGAAGACUUUCCUAAAGGAGGUCAAAGUGAUGCGAUGCCUUGAACAUCCCCAUGUCUUGAAGUUCAUCGGUGUGCUCUACAAGGAUAAGAGGCUCAAUUUGAUAACAGAAUAUAUCGAGGGAGGCACUCUGAAGGAUUUCAUCAGAGACACGGAUCCGUUUCCAUGGGAGCAAAGGGUGAGCUUUGCAAAGAGCAUCGCUUCUGGCAUGGCCUACCUCCACUCCAUGAGCAUCAUACACAGAGACCUCAAUUCUCACAACUGCCUGGUUAAACUGGACAACACUGUGGUCGUCGCUGACUUUGGACUGUCCCGACUCAUUGUGGAGGACAAAGUGAAGCCUCUGCCCGAAAAACCAACCAAUAAGAAGAGGGUGUUCAGACGCAUCGACAGAAAGAAGCGGUACACUGUCGUGGGAAACCCUUACUGGAUGGCUCCAGAAAUGCUAAAUGGUAAACGCUAUGAUGAGAAGGUGGACAUUUUCUCCUUUGGAAUUGUGCUCUGUGAGAUCAUUGGAAAAGUCUAUGCAGACCCCGAGUGCCUCCCCAGGACUCUGGACUUUGGCCUGAAUGUUGGCAAGUUUGUGGAGAAGUUCCUCCCCGAAGACUGUCCACCAGCUUUCUUUCCACUGACUGUGGCCUGCUGUGACCUCACACCAGACAACCGUCCACCUUUCCAGAAGCUGGAGGACUGGUUUGAUGCUCUGUCCCUCAACCAGGAGCUGGGAAUCCCCCUGCCAGCUGAACUGGAUGAAUUGCAUCAGAGCAUGAGUCGACUUCACUGGCCUAAAGACGGCUCACCAUCCCAGAGCACAGAUCAGCCAUCAACGCCAACAGUAGCCUCUCCAGACUCUUCCAGCAUGACAGACGGUGGCACCUAGGACCUGUGCUUCUCUUUUAUGACCCCUGUGAACUGCUGCACUAAUACUGUGGAUGAGGGAAAAAAAGGGAGCGAAAUUGCAUUGAACCCGAGCCAUAUUAAAACUGGAUAACCUGAGGUAGCUGGACCAGUCUCCCCGUGUGGGACCUUAACUCUGAGAGUGCCAGUGAACUGCACUGUGGGUGGAAAGACGCAUUUCAAAAAGACAAGUGUUAACUUUCUAAUUAUUUUUUACCCUACUAAGCCCCCACUUGACACGCAGGGUUGUUCUAAUGUUUACUGUGUAUAAAGACGAUAUGCAGCUUUCUUUGGUCAUUUCCCCGACAUAAGACAGACAUCUUUAUAGGGUGUAAAACCUCAUUGAGUCAGAUGUGUCAGUGGUUUUGUUUUUCGGGCUCUGAAGUUGUUGUUUGCUAUGUGUGGAAUGCACAGAUCAGUCCUCAUCCACCAGAGGACUCACUUCACCUCACUGCAGCAGCAGAGAAAACAAAGAUGCUGCACAGUCUGGCUGAUUGACACGUCUAAGUAAACACAGGGCGGUGCUUGGAGAAAAAUGGUGUGACUUGAAGCAGCAGUGGACGCAAACCACACUCUGCCCUCAAAUAGUUCGUCACUCUGACAUUUGGCACAUGGAGAAGAAAUAGUUAGAUUUUUUUCCAUCUAAGCACCACUGAUCUAGUUUUUGACGAGAUGGUUACAAGUAUGCUUCUGUACUUUGUAGUCUGAUGAUUUUAAUUAUUUCUUAGAAUGAUGAACGAACACUACUUUUGUUUCUAUCAAACACUUGAUGUCUAUGUUAAAAACCAGGGCAGAAGCUCUUUUGGAAAGUAGCGCUGUUAUUAAUAGACAUAAUCAUGCAACAGUUGACCAUAGAAAGUUGUUUUGUACAGAUGAACUGGAUUUUUUUGCCUUAAGCAAUGUAUAUAAAUAUGUACAUAUUAUGCCUCUAAUUUGAUAUUUUUUUUCUAACGGGAACUCUAGAUUUGUAGAUUUUUAGACAUUUCGUCAAUGAUGGACGUUUUUGCCUUUUUGCUAUCUAUAUGCAAGGUACUGACGACCAGUUGUAACCACUAUUAUUAUUUAUAUCCCUGUAGUGUUUAAAAAUAAACCCUCUUAAAGUUGGCUUUUUAUUGUCAUUCUUUAAUUUUGCAUUUAAGAAAAAGAAUCAGAUUUAGAAGUUAAUUUGUAGGUCUGUGUUGGUCUUAAAGGUCUAUUGUGUGGGAUUUAGGGGCUAGAAAUGGUAUAUAAUACCACAUACGUAUGUCAUAUAAUUGUGAACACAAUAUCUCAAGAACUCUUGAAGGGAAUUUCUUCAAAUUUGGCACAAACGUUCACUUGGACUCAGCAAUGAGUAUGACCUCACAAAAUAUAUUCCUGGCCAUAACUCAAGAAUUCAUAUGCUAAUUAUGACAAAACUUCACACACACGUCUAAUAGGAUAAAAUAAUGAAGUGAUGACACUUAAUAUCAAAAAGGUCAACUUCAUUGUGACAUAAUAAUGUUCUGCAUAAAACACUUUACUGGCCAUUAUUCAAUGGCAAAUCUCAGGAACAGAAGGGGAAUAUUUGGUCAGAUACUGAAUUGGUGACACUAGUCUUGAGUGUCCUUCUUGAAACUGUCUGAUUGUAUAGAUCUUCUGUGCUGUCAAGGGAAAGAUGGGUGUGAAGCAUUGAUGUUUUCACAAACAUGGAUGUAAACUGUAAGAGAACUUGAGUGGUGCGCGGAGGCAUACAACCACACAGCAGUAAUAGUUAUCUACACACACAGUGGUUCCUCUUUCAUGGAGUCUGCCAUGUUGUUUCUACAGUCGGCCAGAAUGGACAAACCAAACACUGGCUCUACCCACGGCUGUUGAUGUUUUUCACUUCGGCCACCAUAUUUCUCUGCAACAUCACCCCUAGAUGCCACUAAAUCCUACACACUGGACUUUUAAAACACACCCAAAGGAUUUGAGUUUUUUCUUUUCCCACAAAAAAAAAAAAAAAUCUGUUCACAACAAAAACAAAAUAUAAAAAAAGGAAGACACUGAAAUUAUCUUUUUUUUUCA